AUGGAAAGCUUUCAACGUUAUUAUGUCAGCAAGCACCGGAAUCCUCCUGUCGUUAUCUCUCUGAUAUACACUCAUUCAAGCCUCAGAGGUAGCAGAUUUGUGCAAGGGUGGUGGAAGGUUCGAAAAUUAACGUCCAGCUAUGGUUUAGGUUCAAAUUCGAAUCCUUCGUCGGGGUCAAUUGAUAAAUCUAGGGUUUUAGAUUUGAGGCCAUUGAGAUGUCUUGUACCAGUUUUCCCAAACCCUCCUGGCAUGUCUUCAGUUACGACCCCCCAGCCCUCACCCUUUGUAUGCACUCCACCUACUGGUCCUUUUCCACCUGGGAUCCAUCCGUUUUACCCAUUUUUUAAUCCAAAUGAUUCUCAACAGAAUCUGAACCCAAACACAUCUGGUGUAUCAAAUCAGCCUGGGAAUCAUGCUUUUGGUAAUUCCAUACCAGCUCCUGUUCCAUUGAAUUCAUUUAGAACACCAACGCCCCAAGCGAAUGGGGGUACUCGGCAGUCUGUGAGGGGCUCUAGAGGUCAUACAUCAGAAUCUGUAGUUGUAGAGGAUGAUGAUUACGAUGACUCUCAGAAUCAGAGUGGCCAGCAUGUGAGUGGAUUUAGUCAGCAUGACACAGAGGAUGACAGUACUACUAGGAAGCGAAGGGGCCGUCCAAGGAAGAGCAAUGCGGGUAAGAGCAGAGAUGAGCAUGGAGAUAGCUUUGAUGUUGAAUCACUAGUUAAUAAAUUCUUGACAUCCUUUAAGCUUAAAAGUUUUGAUGAUGUGAGAAGAGCUAAUGGUGACAAGGAGAUAGUUGAUAACAUCCUGUUGGUGUAUGAUUUGUUACGGAGAAGGCUUACCCAACUUGAAGAAGUGAAGGAUAAGUCUCCAGGGAUUACUAGACGUCCAGACCUGAAAGCCGCUUCACUCUUGAUGACCAAAGGUGUUCGGACAAAUAACACGAAGAGGAUUGGCCAUGUGCCUGGAGUGGAAGUUGGUGAUAUUUUCUUCUUUAGGAUGGAGCUUUGCAUCGUCGGAUUACAUGCUCCAAGUAUGGCUGGAAUAGAUUAUAUGAACAUGAAAAUUACUGUGGAUGAAGAACCUGUGGCUGUAAGCAUUGUUUCAUCUGGAGGAUAUGAUGAUCUGGGAGAUGAUGGGGAUGUCUUGAUUUACAGUGGCCAGGGUGGAGUGCAGAGAAGAGAUAAACAAAUGUUUGAUCAGAAACUUGAAAGGGGAAAUCUGGCCCUAGAAAAGAGUUUGCAUCGUGCAAAUGAGGUGAGAGUCAUCCGAGGUAUAAAGGAUAUUACCGCUUCAACUGGGAAGAUAUAUGUUUACGAUGGCGUGUACAAAAUUCAGGAGUCAUGGGCAGAAAAAAACAAUUCUGGAUGUAAUGUUUUUAAGUACAAGUUGGUUAGAGUACCUGGGCAACCUGAAGCUUUUGCGUUGUGGAAAUCAAUUCAGCAGUGGAAGGACGGAACUGCUCCGAGGAGUGGGGUCAUCCUUCCUGAUUUAACGUCAGGAGCAGAGCCUCUGCCUGUCACUCUUGUGAAUGAUGUUGAUGAUGAAAAGGGACCUGCUUAUUUCACAUAUAUUCGUAAUCUCAAGUACUCCAAACCUUUUUCCACAUCCAAGUCUUUUUCGGGAUGUCAAUGCAUUGGUGGAUGUCAAGCAGGUCAUACCAGCUGCCCUUGUAGUCAAAGAAACGAGGGAUAUCUCCCUUAUUCAUCUCUUGGAGUUCUUCUGACUGACGAACCCUUAAUAUAUGAAUGUGGAGAAGCUUGCGCAUGUCCUCCAAACUGCCGGAACCGAAUGUCUCAGGCUGGUCUGAAAGUCCGUUUGGAGAUCUUUAAGACAAAUGACAGAGGUUGGGGACUUAGAUCUUGGGAUCCCAUUCGUGCUGGAGGUUUUAUCUGCGAGUAUGCAGGUGAUGCCACAGAUAAAUCUACAUUAGGUGAUUUUGGGAAUGACAAGGGAGAUAAUUACUUUUUUGAUGCUACUCGUUCCUAUGAGUGGUUGGAAGCUCUGCAUGAUGAUUCUAAUGGUUCUACAAAAGUCCCCUUUCCCCUUGUUAUAAGUGCAAAAAAUAAUGGCAACGGAGCUCGAUUCAUGAAUCAUAGUUGCUCGCCAAAUGUGUUUUGGAAGCCAAUUUUACGUGAAAGUGCUAAUGAGUCAUACCUCCAUAUUGCUUUCUUUGCAAUCCGACAUAUUCCUCCCUUGCAAGAGCUGACGUUUGAUUAUGGGAUGAUCAUUGUGCUUGAGGCCCUUGGGGAAGGCUUGAUAUUAUCGGCAAUAAAUUGUAGUUUCGUACCUGUCAGGUGUUUGUUCUACAGUAUUAGCUAUCAAGCUUUAGGUUUUCGUUACCAAGCUGCUUCCAUUUUCACUCAGUUCACCGGAUGUUGA